GUUGUCUUUGAAGUUUGAUCUAAGUUUCUGAGUUCAUUGCUGUUUUUCUAUGAGUCUUGAAGUCUUCCAUAAAAACUCCUGCACACCACAUAGAGUUUGUAUUUGAUGAGACUUCAGAAUUUUCUGGAGUGUAUUGAUCACCAAACCAACCGAAAUGCAGCCAAAUGUUUGCACAACUUACGAUGUCUGUAUUCUACUGGUUCCUCGUCGAAUUCAGUGCAUACUUUAUUUAAACGAACUUGGAAUAUGUUUUGUACCAAAUCACCCUUCUUUCCCCAACAAAAUGCAUAUUCACAAGAACCUAGUAAUUGGGUGCAAGAAAGAAAUUAUAUUAAGAAAUAAGAAAACGCAAAAUGCAGGCCUAAAAAUAAGUUAUUUCAAAACGAGAAAGGUGUACGAAAAGAAGAAAAAAUUACAAAUCCUUGAAGGAACAAGUCUUAAUAUACUUUUUGCAUCUGAUCAAAAAGCUUCCGAAUGCAUGAAAGCAAUUGAAUUUUUCUUCAAAAGUGCCCACUCAAACGACGCUAAACCUUACUUAGUCUUAAUAAAUCCUAAAAGUGGAUCAGGAAAUGCUCUAAAUGGUUUUAACUUCGAAAUUUCUCCCAUUUGGAAACAAAUGAAUGUUCCAUAUGAAUUAUUUUGUACAGAAUAUCCAGGCCAUGCAGAAAAUUUUAUCAGAAAUUUACCAAAAGCUAGUCUUUUACGUUAUAGAGCAAUAGUUACGUGUUCAGGUGAUGGACUAGUGUAUGAAGUAAUUAACGGAUUCAUAUCAAGAAAAAAUUAUGAUGACGCCAUUGAUGAGGAUACAAUACCUGUUGGGAUUCUACCAGGAGGUAGUGCUAACUCAACUGCUGCUUCAAUUUGUCAUCAUUCUGGUUUACUAGGCAAAUCAUCACUUUUAUCACACUGUGGCUUUCUGUUAACAUUACCAAUUGAAAACUUACAAAAUAGUCAAUCUAAACAAGUUAAUGAGCAAAGUGAAAAUUACAAUUUUACUUUACCACUUUUACCGUGUAUCAGUCCGAUGAGUGGUAUACACUUUGGAACAUGUGACAGAAAUUUUCAUCGAUACGGUAUUCAAAGUAUUGAAUGGGGUUUCGUCGCUGAUUUGGACUACAAAAGUGAACGAUUUCGUUGGAUGGGUGAAAAAAGAUUUCUACUUUAUGCAUGUUAUUACCUUAUGAAGAAACCAACAUAUCGUGCUAAAUUAUCAUACUUACCGUUUGAUAAUGUAAUAUAUCAAAAAAACAAGUAUGAAAAUGAUGAACUGGUUCAGAAAUCUUCUGUACCAUCAACGGCAUUUGGAAAUUCAAGUGACUUUACAGAUAAAUUAAACGUUUCUCCUACACAGAUCAAAGAGUCGUGUCAAUCCUGGUCAUUUCUACCAGAAACUAACCAACCUAUUUCUAAUCACCAAGAUAAAUGGGUCACUUUAGACAAAAACUUCGUUACAAUAUUAGUAACAAAUCACUCUCAUAUAACAUCUAGUACCGUAAUGUAUCCGGAUGCUCAUAUCAGUGACCCAUAUUUAACUUUAUUAAUUCUGCAUGAAAACACAACAAGAUUUGAUUUGUUAGCUUUGGGACUAGCAAUGUCAAAUGGUCAAGGCCUACAAUCAACAUCAAACAUGGAUAUUGUAAAAAUUUGUGCUCUACGAAUAGAACCGUAUUCUAAAGAUUCAGUCAUCACAAUGCUGGACGGAGAGCUCAUGCCUUCAGGCACAUUUCAAGCAGAAGUUAUCCCAGGAAUUUUAAAUGUUAUUUCAGGUACCAAGGUUGUAUGAACUCCAUAUUAUUUCAGAAUUUCAUUUUAUUUAUUUGAAAUGAAUCAGAACUUAAUCAACGACGUAUUUUUCUUUUCUAACUAAAAUAAAACAAAAAAAUUAUUUUUUCUUUUAAAUUUAUAAUUUUUCUUGCACACUAUUGAAUAUUGUUCAUUUUAAUAUUGUUGUUGUUGUCCUUUUUUUAUCAAUGUUGGGCAGAGUUUUAAACUUUCUCUAUUUUAAUUUAUUUCAAUGAUGAAUUAAGACAAAAUAAUGAAAAAUUAAUUUUUUAAUUUUGUUUUUCUGAUGAUUAUUACAAAAUUUGUUUUUAUUUUUAUUUUUAUUUGUAAAAACUUAAAUUUUAAAAGAAUUAAUUAUUUAAUAUCAGAUGGUUUAUGUGGAUAUUUAUAGUAAUUUCAAUGGUUAAGAUCAUGAGUCAAUUGGAGCUAGACCCCGAUGGAAAACCGUCAAGUGCUUCCGGGUUUCCCAUAGUGGUCUAACUUCAAUUAGCUCAUGAUCUUAACCAUUGAAAUUAUUUAUUUGUAAACUAAUAUUUUGAAGAUAUUUAUUGAUAUUUACUACUUAUUUAUCAUAAUUAAUUUAAAGUUUGAAAAAAUGUUUAAGAGUUAAAUAAAUAAAAAAAGACGUACAUUUGACAAGUGAUUGAUUAA